CUCGCUUCCUGCGUUCACCGCGCAUUUUUUUCUUUCGCUCGCCUGGACAUCGGAACAGCACUCACUCGCCUUGGACCAGCAGAUGCUCCUCAACCUCAGUUAUGCGCGUCAUGUCCCUCCUGCGCCCUGUUCGCAAUGCAGUCAGGUCGAGCUAGACCUUGAGGCGGAAGCUCCGGCACCUCUUGCAGCAACGGACCUGACAAGCUACGUGCGGUCGAAUUACUCUGCAUCCCCCGCAGAGGCAGCAUCCAUUCGAGGCGUCCUGUCACUGAUAGACGCCGACGUCGCCUCGUACGAUGCCCAAAUCCACCGCUUGGAAGACGCGCUGCGGGCCAUUCGCCGUCGAAAGUCCACUCUCGAAGACGCCGGAGCGCAGCUCGCAUCCCUCACAGCACCCGUGCGGCGCCUGCCGCGCGAGAUCCUGGGUAUCAUCUGCGAAUACACUGCUCUCAACCGCUGGUUCGAAGACGAGAGCGGCUGGCACGUCCUCGUCUGCUCCCAGGUCUGCCACGAAUGGCGGGAGGUCGCGUUCGCAGCGCAGGGGCUGUGGACGCAUAUCCGCGUCAGCGGGGACAAAGAAGGAUACCUCGAAAUGGUGGAGACAUACGCGCGGCGGGCAGGCACUCGUUCGCUCAGUGCGAACGUGAACUUGUGGAACUCGUGCUCCCGUCAGCGCUUUACGGUCUGGGCGUUCAUAGCCAGAGAGGCGCAUCGGCUAGAGUCCCUGCACUUGCAGUUGCCCACGGUGGACUUGCCCGUGCGCCUUCCCUCCAACUUGCCUCUGCUGGCCACUCUGCAUGUCGCCGCACAGGGGAACCCAUUCGAACCCUCGUCACUGGAGGCGGCCGAGAAAUCUGUCCUACGUCUUCGCAGUUCUGCGCCGUGCUUACGCGCCCUGGGGAUCGAUCGCAUACACCUGAUAUCGCUCGACGUCGACUGGGGCGGUUUGCGUCAACUCACGCUUCGAGAUACGAGGGCGCUUUUCGGGGAUCUCUUGCGUAUCCUGCGACAGUGCACCAGCUUAGAGGUCUUACAAUUGGGACCCGAUCAGGCCUUCCGCAAUGCAUACGACACAGACGACUACGAGGCAAACACAGUUCAUCUACCGCGCCUAGUGCAACUGCAUACGUAUCGGAAUGCCAUGGGCAUUCUACCCUACCUCUUGGCCGAAAACGCGCAGGACCUCUGCGUGGACCAUGGGGAAGAGCUUUUUACGGAGCCCAUGCUCCUCAAACGCAGCUUCCCGACGUUGAAAACGUUGACGCUCCAAAACAUGCAUCACACGUCACUACCGAACUUGAAGGACCUGGCGAGCGUGCAGUGUCUUCGCCUGCACCAGAACGUACCCUGCGCAACCCACUUCCCUCUACUCGAUUCUCUUACGAUAGACGAUGACGUCGUGGAUGAGAUUGCGCUGCCGGGCCUCACCGAGCUGGAGAUCGUCACGGAUAUGAAGGACAUUGACGACGACAAUUUCUAUUGGCACGACGAGGACGAGGGCGCCGUGAAGGAGAUGGUCAUGUCGCGCAUCGGGGUACCUCAGGAGGGUGUAUCGUCCCUCAAGCGGCUGAGGGUCCACGCGCCGAACGCGACCUUUUCCGAUGAGUUUCGCGACUGGCUGACCGAGGUGGACAUCGAGACUGUCACUUUUGCGGACGCGACGUGUUACACGGACUGAUAGAUCAAGGUAUAUCACUCAUUUUGUCGUACUAUACGUAGGCAUGUGCUGUUUUGUUCUCUGGAG